GGGGGCGGAAGCUGUCGGAGGGAAGCGUGGAAGGUUGAGAAUUGUCCGGGGACGCGGCAGACCAGGACGUGAGUUUUGGCAUUAAUGAUAAGACCGGCAAGGGCAAAGCGACGCAGCAGUUGACCCCGAUGUGUGAAGUCAUGGACAGUAAUGAAGGAGAAGGGGUGGAGAAGAAGGACGAAGAAGGCGAUGCGGAGCUGGACCUCUCGAGCCAAGGGGCCACCAAGAAGGUUGUGCCUGGCAUCAUCUACCUGGGUCACAUCCCUCCCCGCUUCAGGCCCCGGCACGUCCGCAACCUCCUGAGUGGCUACGGUGAGGUGGGACGUAUCUUCCUGCAGCCUGAAGAGCGAUUUAUACGGAAGAAGAAGAAGAAAGCGGGGACCAAUGCCAAGAACUUCACGGAAGGCUGGGUGGAAUUCCGGGACAAGCGGGUGGCGAAGCUGGUGGCCGCCAGUCUGCACAACACGCCCAUGGGGGUCCGCAAGAGGAGCCGGUUCCAUCACGACCUGUGGAAUAUGAAGUAUCUGCACCGCUUCAAGUGGACUCACCUGAGCGAGCGGCUGGCGUACGAGCGCCAGGUGCAGCAGCAGCGCAUGCGCGCCGAGGUCUCGCAGGCCAAACGGGAGACUAAUUUCUACCUGCAGAAUGUGGAGAAGAGCAAACGCUUCUCCAAGAAGGACGGUCGGGGCGAGCCGGAGGACAAGAGCUGGGGCUUCGUCCAGCGUCGCACCGAGGAGGAAAUCCAGACCAGCAAGGGGAGCCAGCGUCUCCAGCAGCAGCUGGCCCGGGCUGCUGAGAUCCAGGAGAAAUCCCAGUCCAGCCGUUCUCUGCUAGCAAAGAUCUUCAACGCCCAGCAGUAGUUAACCAGGCCCGAAGAGUACAGAACUUGCACGUGAUGCUGGUCUAACCGUUGUAGAUCCAGAGGAGUUAGCCGUGUCGGUCUGUCACUGCGAAAUAGUAAAGAGCCCAGUUGCACCUUUAAGACUCACAAACUUUUAUUGCGGCAUAAGAUUUCGAGCAACACAGCUCUCUGCAUCGAGGGUAUGAAGUAACCGGCCAGAUAUAUAGGUGGUAUGGGGAGGGGGGAGAGGAUGCAGAAGGUGCCACGUAAAGGCAAAGCAGUUGCAAAAGUCACGGGAAAGGGUGGUCUUAAGUGUUGCCGUUCUUGCUCUUCCGUGCCAGAUUCGUUCAGGACACUGUCAGGUCCAGCAGAAAACCGCUUAUGUUGUCCUAUUUUACAGACAGGCUGGAGAUAUGGUACUUUUUUCCUGCUGUGCAGAGUCGUGUUUCAGGGUGCUGUCUGAUUUUACACGACCAGCAUAAAAUCUUUCCCCUGUGGGAUCUGGGAGGAGUGUGACUUGUUCGCUUCUUCGCUCGGUCACUGG